AUGGACCCAAACGGACAACCGAGAAUCGCCGGCGACUUUGGAGUUCCGGGCCCAUAUAGAAACCGAGAUGAGGUUGUUUACACGCAAAUGGCACAUCUGCGCACGCCGCAAAUACCCCUGGGUCCUCUGAACGGAAGUGCUUCGCCUCCUGCCCCAGGCCGCGUCAACAAGACGCGGGUUCGAAGGGCGGCUAGAAUGCGCAAGCGAAAUCCUGCAAAGAGAGGUAGCGCUGACGACAUCCACGUCCCACGUCCAUUAAGCGAAUUGAUAAAGGAGAUGCGAAUCCCAGUACGGGACAUGGAGGUCCAUGUGACGCGAUCCGCAGAGCAACGCCUGAAGGAGGUUGAGAAGAAAAAGGGAAAAAUCGCACGGCCGAUGAAUUCAUUCAUGCUCUAUCGCUCAGCAUAUGCGGAGGCAACGAAGGAAUGGUGCUCUCAGAAUAAUCAUCAGGUUGUCUCACGAGUAGCUGGUGUUAGCUGGCCAAAGGAGCCGCAGGAAAUAAGAGACUAUUACGAGCGCCUGGCUAACAUUGAGCGAGACAACCAUGACAAAGCCCACCCGAAUUACAAGUUCGCGCCUAACAAAAGCACGACCACCCCCAAGAAGAAGAAGUCAUUGCCCCUGAAGGAAGAAGAGAACGGCGACGUCAACGAUCCGGACUUCACAAUGCCUUCAUAUCAACAUCCAGCCAGACAAAUGUCUGGCGCUUCAUUCCGAGAUGGGAGCUUUCGAAGCCGCACCCCUACGCCCAUGGACCGCGAUAGCUCGUACGACAGCCGCCAGGGGACACCAUUCGAACAGAACGGAGAUAUGUAUCUGAAUGGCGACAUGAACCGAUCGUCGUGGCAAGUGUCAAAUCCCGGGCGGCCACAGCCUGGUAUGAUCUCUUCCCCCGAACAAACACACUAUUAUCAACCUUCCAUCCACCAAAGCAUGCUAGGGCCUAAUAUCGAAGAUGUGACCUUCAAAAAGAUGGGAGUUCCAGGCAUGCAAUACGACGGACCAGGAGCCCUGGCCGGCCUCCCAGGCAAUGCACAUCCCGAGUUGCUCCAACAGCAGCCGCUCCCACAAUCAAGGACUCCAGUCUCGCUCAACGACUUACAAGUCGAUCCGCAGCUUCUGGAAUUCGAUGGCCAACCUAGCCUCCCAUCCAACAACGGGGCCAACUAUGAGGGUCCAAUAGAUAUCUGGCAAAUGCCCAAUGGAGAGCAACAGUUUCUCCGGUCCGGCCUCCCCACUCAAGAAGACGAACGAUAUCAUUCACAAUCUAGUUUCCAUCAUGCUGUGCAACAACCCAUGGAUGGACGGGAGAUAUGGAACGAAGGCCAAAUUGAUGCUGGGGGACAAUUUGAAGACUGGAUUAGUACUGGUACUCCAUUUGAGUACGGUAAUGCUCCGCAGAAGCAUAUCUGA